AGCAACGAAGCGAAGCAAAACAGCAAGCACUGACAAAAUUUUAUACACAAGCGAAGCAAAACAGACGCCAACUCGCAGUGAAGCUGAAAAAGUAGCCGAACUUUCUAUUUCUGGUGGUUCCUCACCGUUGCUGAAGUCGUUUAAGAUAGUGCACACAAAAAUCGUACGAAAAGAUGCAUCGUCGCGGUGGAAAACGCAUCCGCAUGAAUGAUCCUCCUGUGGAGUAUGAGGAGCCCGAACAAUUGUACCCUCCCGAGCCACUCAACGAAAGCUGGUCGUCGGGUGGCCACGAUGAUGGUGCACAUCCGGAGGAAACGGGUGAACCGUCCCGUGGCCGUAUGACACGACUGCGUGCCCGCGGCGGUGUCCCACUGAAGGCGCCCAUCAUCGAGGAUGACGAUGAUGACGAUUUCUUCACCAAAGAGCAACACCAGAAGAAACGAAAGGCACCACGCAAACCGCGUGAAACGGUUCCGAAAGAACACCACGAAAAACCGCCCCGAGUGUACCGUGAGCGAGAGGAACGGGAAGAGCGAGUUGUCGUAACGGACCGGGAAAGUACGACCGAUGAGUCGAGCUUGUACUACAUUUUGCGUCAUUCGAAGCUACCCAUCACGACUAUCGUGGAUGACUGGAUCACCCGGUACAAGCUGGACAAGGAUUCGGCACUGAUUGCUUUGAUGAAUUUCUUUGUGCACGCAAGCGGUUGCAAGGGCAAAAUAACGCCCGAGAUGCAGCAAGCCAUGGAACAUACGGCAAUCAUUCGCAAGAUGACGGAAGAGUUCGACGAGGACAGCCACGAGUACCCGCUGAUGAUGUCCGGCCAGCAGUGGAAAAAGUUCAAGAUGAACUUUUGUGACUUUGUGCAGACGCUUGUGAAGCAGUGCCAGUACUCCAUCAUCUACGAUCAGUUUCUGAUGGAUAAUGUAAUUUCACUGCUGACCGGAUUGUCCGAUUCGCAGGUGCGAGCGUUCCGCCAUACGGCAACGCUGGCCGCCAUGAAGCUGAUGACAGCUUUGGUCGAUGUGGCGCUGCUUGUUUCCGUACAGUUCGAUAUGGCUGCCCGGCAGUACGACACGGAGCGGACCAAACCGCGGGAUAAGCGAGCGGCCGAACGGCUGGAAUCGCUGAUGAGUCGGCGUACCGAGCUGGAAGAGAAUAUGGACGAAAUCAAGAACAUGCUGACGUACAUGUUCAAGUCCGUGUUUGUGCAUCGCUAUCGUGAUACGCUGCCCGACAUCCGGGCCAUUUGCAUGUCCGAGAUUGGCAUCUGGAUGAUGAAAUUUUCAUCCAACUUUUUGGAUGAUUCGUAUCUGAAGUACAUCGGCUGGACGCUGCACGACAAGGUGGGUGACGUGCGGCUAAAGUGUCUGCAGGCGUUGCUGCCUUUGUACGAGAACGAGGAGCUGAAGGGAAAGCUGGAGCUGUUCACGUCCAAGUUUAAGGAUCGUAUUGUAGCGAUGACGCUGGACAAAGAGUACGAAGCGGCUGUACAUGCGGUAAAGCUGGUCAUCAAUAUUCUCAAGAGUCAUCAAGAUAUCUUGACGGAUAAGGACAGCGAAAUCGUGUACGAGUUGGUGUACUCUUCGCACCGCGGAGUCGCCCAGGCGGCAGCAGAAUUCUUGAACGUUCGGCUCUUCUGUCAGGAUCCGAAUGCUCCGGCCAUGUACACAAGGCGGGGCAAGCUGCGUCUACCCAAUACGCCCCUGAUCCGUGAUUUGGUUCAGUUUUUUAUUGAAUCAGAACUGCACGAACACGGUGCGUAUCUGGUCGAUUCGUUCAUCGAUUCCAAUCCGAUGUUGAAGGAUUGGGAAUGCUACACGGAUCUUUUGCUAGAAGAACCGGGUCAGUUUGAAGAAAUGCUUGAUAACAAACAGGAAUCGACGCUGAUCGAAAUUAUGGUCAGUGCUGUGCGUCAAUCGGCAACGGGAGAACCACCGGUAGGACGUGGCAGCAGCCGCAAGAUGACUCUCAGCGCCAAGGAAAUCAAACAGGUGCAGGACGAUAAGCAGCGUCUCACGGAACACUUCAUUCUAACGUUGCCACUGCUGCUCCACAAAUACAGCGCCGACGGAGAGAAGCUGACGAAUUUGCUAGCUAUCCCUCAGUACUUUGAUAUUGAGCUUUUUACCACCACCCGGCAGGAGUCGAAUCUGCAGGCAUUGCUGGACAAAAUGACACACGUCAUGUCCACUCACGUGGAUCGUGAGGUGCUUGAGACGUGUGCCAAAACGCUCGAAUUCCUGUGCACUGAAGGCAGUGCGAUCUACACGCGUUGCGAUGUGGUGCGCUCGAACGUGAUCGAUGAAUGUGUCACACGGUACCGGGAAGCGAUCGACGACUACCGUACGCUGAUCGCAGGCGACGAGAUACCGAACGAAGAUGAGGUGUACAAUGUGAGCAUCUCGCUGAAGAAAGUGUCCACGCUGUUCGCAAGCCACAAUCUCAAUCCGUGGAAUUUGUUCGACUCGCUGUACCAGGACAUCGAGGAGCGCAUUGGAGGCAAGUCGCCCGAUACGGGCAUUCCGAAGGAUGCACUCGUGUACUGCAUUGAGGCGUGCUUUUUCUCCAUCAACUGGGGCCUGUACCAUCUGGAGACGACACGUGACCGCUCGCAGGUGCCACAGGAAGCGCACGAGCUGGGUCGCAAUCUGCACAAAUAUCUGAGCGCCUGUAACCAUCUGGUUCGGUACGAUCGCGAAUCGUCCGUACAGGAGGCAGCAUUUAUGUCGAUCUGUGAUCUGCUGGUAGUGUUUUCCGACCAACUGCAGAGCAAUGCGGACGAGAACAUACAGUCGCUCGUGUACUCGCCGAACGAGGAGCAGCAGCUGUUGCUGAACGAGUUCGUCCAGACGACGGUGUUUGCGACCGAACAGGAAGAAGGACACGACGAGACGCGCAUCGAGGAGCUGCACAAGCGGCGAAGCUUUCUGGCGGCGUACUGUAAGCUCAUUGUGUACAAUAUUCUCCCGAUUAAGGCGGCGGCAGACAUUUUCAAGCACUAUCUGCGGCACUACGAUGAGUACGGAGAUAUUAUCAAGACAACGUUGGGCAAAACGCGCGAAAUCAACAAAGUAAAUUGCUCGAUGACGAUGUGCUUGAGCCUGGUGAAGAUGUUCAAAGAGCAGCAGGAAAUGUCACCCGACGGGCGUGUUUUGCGUACGUCGCAAGAAUUUCAAGACCUUAAAGAAUUGGCCAAACGCUUCGCACUUUCGUUCGGGUUGGAUGCGGUAAAGAACCGGGAAGCGAUCACCGUGUUCCAUCGCGCUGGCAUUCACUUUGCCGUGACGUCAUCGAACGAAGAGCAGGACGAUCCGUCCGCUGCACCGCCGUGCAUCGCCUUCCUGGAAGUGCUGUCCGAAUUGACGAACAAAUUGAUCAAACAGGACAAAAAGCUCAUUCUCACCUUCCUGGACCGUCGUCUAAAGGCGGGCAUUCCAUCGAGCCGGUCGGAAGAUUGGCAACCACUGGUAACCUACCGGAACUCGCUGCUGCACGGGGAAUCGGAUCAACUUCCGGUCACCUCAAAGCGUGCGUACACACGCAAGAAGAAGGAUGCCGACCAUGACGAUGAAGAUGAGCAUGAUGAUGACGAUGAUAACGAUUACGUCGGUUAGAGGACGGCUGUCCAAUGAGUGUUUUAUUUAUCUUGUUUUCUCCUUUACUAUUAAAUUCGUAAUAACAGGGUUGAUCCCUAGCGCUAGAAAUAUAGUGGCGUAUGAAAUGGC